CGUCACCCUACGUGCAGACAUUUCGCUGGGUCGGCUGUUUCUGUUCGCGGUCUGACAGCUGAGCGGUUGAAAGCUGGGAGAGCAGUUCUAAUAGGAGUGCCCUUCACAUCUUAACCUGCACCAAGACGCAGUCUGUUUCUUGGGAGAUUUCUUGGGGAGGUUUCAUCAGAGGAGUUAAGGUAAACCUGUGUCGAACAUUAGACCCGCCGCGUCCGACAUCUCGCCGCACACCUUGACGCUCACCUGGGACACACCUGAAGACGACGGCGGCUCCCUGAUCACGUCUUACGUCGUGGAGAUGUUUGACGUGUCCGACGGCAAGUGGCAGACGCUGACGACGACGUGCAGACGGCCCCCGUACCCCGUGAAGGGGCUGAACCCCUCCGCGACGUACCGCUUCCGUAUCCGGGCCGAGAACGCGUACGGACUGAGCGACGCCGGGCCGCUGUCCGACCCCAUCCUUACCAAGGAGCCCGAGCAAGGUCGGAACGACCGCUCCUCGGACGGUAAAAAGACGGACUCCAGCAGCUCCGACUCGGUAGCAUGGCGCUCCACCUCCAUGGACAGCAGCAGUGACGCAGACCGUGUGGACAGGAAGAUCCAAGCCUUGAUGCAAACCGGGCGGCAGGAGACGAACAAACCUCCCGUCUUUGUCAGGAACCUCCGUGAUGUGGAGUGUGUAGAGGGGAGUGCCGCCCGCCUCGACUGUUCUGUCACAGGCAUUCCAGAGCCGGAGGUGACGUGGUACAAGGAUGACUCAGCUCUGCACGAUGGGCGGAAGUACGCUUACGAGUUCGGCGAGGACGGUCACGUGUCGUUGGUCAUCCGCGACGUCACCGCAGAGGAUGAUGGGAUGUACACGUGCGAGGCCCAGAACGAGGCUGGAAAAACGUCGGCGUCAGCGGAACUUCUUGUAGAAGGAGUCAGGCCAAAACAGACUCGACAAACUUCAGUGGAAAACACUGCUGAGGAAGACGGUGCAAGCGCAGUCCUGGAAGAUGAAGAUGAUGAUGAUGUAAGAGACCUGCCAGAUGCUGGGAAGCAACCUCCACCAUUUGCAAAAAUGCCCAGUUUCCUGACGCAAGGUCAGGACAACCUGCCGCCAAAGAAAGACGACCGUGACGCCAGACCAAAACAGUUCCCGCCUAAAUUCCUCAUCAAGCCAAGGUCGUCCUCUGCCAAGGUCGGGGACAUCGUGAAGUUCGGGUGCAAAGCGGACGGGAGGCCGCCGCCGGAGGUCACGUGGCACAGAGGGGACGAGCGGAUCAGGGACGAGGGGAGGAUUGAGCUCUACACGGAGUACGGAACACAGUAUUUUGAGAUUGGAGAGGUGGAGGCUGGGGAUGCAGGGGAGUACACCUGUGUCAUCAGUAACAAUGUCGGCAAGGACGUCUGUAUGUUCAACUUGAAAGUCGAAGGAGUUCCAGACCCAGACCCAAACAUCCGGACAAGAGCUACUGACAGUGGAAGCAAAGGACAGCAUGAGAUGAAACAAGGCACCUCUACAGAAUCCAGCAAACCAUCGCCUUCCACUGCCCCGAGAUUCCUCGCCAAACCGACAUCCCAGACCGUCCAGGAGGGCGGAGACGCCAUCUUUGUCUGCCGCGUGUCGGGCGAGCCCGCGCCGGAGGUGCUCUGGGAACGGGAUGGCGUCCCGGUGAGGAAUGCUGGGAGGUUUGAGAUUUUCGAGGAGGACGACGGAUUUCAUCUGGAGAUCUUCGAUGUUGUGCGGGAGGACGCGGGAACGUACGGCUGUACCCUACGGAAUGGCGCGGGAGAAACCAACUGUUCCUUCAGCUUAGGGGUGCACGUUAAGGCAGUCAAGUCCGUGAAACCAUCCUUCCUGCUGAAGUUCUCCGACACAGAGGUGUUGGAAGGCGACCCCAUCCGCCUCGAGUGUCGGAUUACCGGAGAACCCACCCCGCAGGUCACAUGGUACCGGGACGGGAAGGAGGUCGGCGACCGGCAGGGCGUUGACCCCAGGACCACCUACAGCAACAAGGUGGCGAGGCUGUACAUCGAGCGAGCACACCUGGAGGAUGAGGCUGACUACACCUGUAAGGCCGCCAACUGCGCAGGUGAAGCCAGGUGUACCGCGGAGGUGCUGGUCAACGAGCGGCUCCAGCUGGCCCCCAGCGGAGAGCUGCCAGUCUUCACCCUGCAGCUACAGGACAUCUCCGCACAGGAUGGGGACAACGUCACGUUCUGCUGCAAGGUUUCAGGCACGCCUGCACCGAAAGUCUCGUGGCUGUAUGAAGGAAAGCCGAUCAAGGCCAGCGAAGACUUCCAGGUGACGUCACGGGGCGAGGACCAAUCGCUGCACAUCCCCGAGAUAUUCCCAGAGGAUGCUGGGAUGUACGGGUGCGUGGCCCAGAACAGCGCUGGAACAGUCACAACAUCGGCCAAGCUGAAGGUCAAAGCUCCUGCCAAACCAGACCCAGUCCCUGACCCAGAACCUGCAGUGAAACCAAAGAUCCCCAAACUUAAGGAAGGACCCCCGAUCUUCUUAAAGGACCCGCUGCCUCAGAAUAUAGAGGAGGGUAACCCCCUGUCGCUGACGUGCGAGGUGUCCGGCCUCCCCCCUCCCACAGUGGAGUGGCAGAAGGAUGGGAAGACAGUCCACAAGGACAGGAGGGUCAAGAUGAAGAAGGAGGGGAAUGUCUUCAGGCUUGACAUCACGGCCGCGCUCAGCACAGACUCCGGUUGCUACACCGCUCUCGCCUCCAACGCACGCGGCUCCGUCUCGCGAGACGUGAGCAUCUCGGUUAAACCUCUGGCCGAGGAGACCACAGACUACAAAACACUGCUGAGGAGAAGGCCGGAACUGAGCAAACUUGGUCGGCAAGCCUCGGAAGGUGACGCCUCCGACGAGGCUCGCUCCCGGAGCAACACAAUGGAGGCGCUGCUGCAGGCUCCGGUUUUCUCCCAGGUCAUCGCGGACGCGACCGUCACGGAGGGACAACCGGUCACGUUCCGGUGCCAACUGGUGGGGAAACCGGCGCCGGAAGUGACAUGGUAUGCAAAUGAGAAGGAGAUCAAGCCGUCCAAGUUCUUCCAGAUGACUCAGGAGGGCGACGCGUGCAAACUCGUUAUCGUGGAGGCCUUCCCGGAGGAUGCUGGGAAAUACACGUGCUGGGCGCAGAACGAGGAAGGGCAGGCGGAAUGCUCGUGUCGACUCGUCGUGAAGAAAGAAAAGUCCCAAGAAAAUGUGCAAGGAGACACACACGCAGCUGAAGAGAAAGCUAAGAUAGAGAAAGGUCCAGAGAACAUCGUGGUGUUUUAG